AUGGAGCAUACCGAAGAAGAUGAUCAGCAUCAAGUUGAAUAUCUGGAGAAUCCAGUCAAAUCGGAAAACGACAAAAAGAGUUAUAGGGUCAUCAGAUUAGUAAAUGAUUUAACAGCUCUACUUAUAUCAGAUAUAAAUUUAAAAACAGAUGAUUUUCGAAAUGAAGACGACGAGAGAAAUGAAAAAAAGGCAGCAUGUGGCUUAUGUGUGGGAGUAGGAUGUUUCAGCGAUCCAGACAUUCAAGGCGUAGCAAAUUUAUUGAAGCAUAUUGUUUUCAUGGGAUCCGAAAAAUACUCAGAAGAAAAAAAUUUUGAAACAUUCAUCAAAAAACGUGGCGGAUUUGUUGACGUCUCAACAGAUAGCGAACAGACAACAUUUUACUUCGCUAUUCAAGACAAACAUUUAUUUUCUGCUCUUGAUCGAUUUGCUCAAGGCUUUAUUAAACCUUUGAUGACGAAAGAUAUCAUUACACGGGAGCGAGAGAACAUACAUGAGUAUGAAUUGGUACAUUGUGACGAGAGUGAGAAGGAGCAACCGUUGUCCUCUGCGCAAACCGAUCCAGUCAAUAAGUAUAUUCGGGACAGUUCUAUGAUGUUUAGCAAUAAUAUGGAUGAUAAUAAAUUGUGCGAAGAAUUGCACAAAUUCAGAAAUCGCUAUUACAGUGCUCACAGAAUGACAAUUGCUAUACAGGCUAAAUUAUCAUUAAGUACAUUGGAAAAACUCGUUACGAAAUGCUUUGUUGAUGUACCAAGUAAUAAGUUAUCUCCCGAUGACUAUGUUCCUAUUGUUUCUUUUGGAACUCCCCAAAUCGAAAAAGUAUUAACCGAAACAAGGUCUCAUAUAUCACAUGUGAUGUUUAAGCAAGGUGACGAAGUAGAAGUAACAUGGACAAUUCCUUUACCACCCGAUUUUUAUAACAGUAAACCUCAUGACUUUAUCGCAUGGAUUAUUAGGUAUAGAGGAAAAGGUUCUUUAACAAGUUACCUACGCAAACAAAUACCAAGUUGUAUAUGUUCAAGUGAUAUUGUUCAAUGUAACAGUGAAACGUUUUUAAGAUAUAAUUGUGCAUAUAUUAUGUUGAAGCUUACUGUAGUGCUUUUCUGUGCGGAACAAGAACAUUUGAAGGAAGUUCUAGAUGCAAUAUUUUCCUUUAUUAAUUUACUAAAAAAAGAUGAUCCUCAUAAAAGGACUAUUUACUAUGACAUUUUUAAGAUAAUGGAAUAUAAUUUUAGAUUUAUUAAGGAAAAAGAUUCUGUGGAUUAUGUCGUAAGUUUGUGUAAGGAUAUGCACUUCUAUCCACCACGUGAUUAUAUAACUGCAAAUAACCUUAUUUGUGUUAAAUACAACCCAGAAGAUAUACAAAAGUGUUUGAAUUAUUUGAAGCCGGAUACUGCGAUUAUCACUAUUUUGCAAGGACAACCUUGUCCUUUGACUUUUGAUAAUGAAAUUCAGUCCUAUCUAAACUGUGACGAAAAGAAACAUAUAUACAUCGAAGUACCAACGGAAUAUACCGAACAUUGGAAAUCAAUUGAGCCGUUGCCAAAUUUUCAUUUACCAUUAAAGAAUGUAUUCAUUGCCAGCGACUUCUCUUUAAUAUCGAUACCAGAUAAAGUUUCGAAAUAUCCUGUAAAAAUAUACAACGAUCAUGUAUCGGAAAUUUGGUAUUGUCCGGAUCUCAAAUUUCGUUUGCCGAAAUGUUACAUGAAUAUUCAAUUUGUUUCCUCUCUAGGAGUUCAGUCGCCGAAGAAUGCAGUUCUUAUGGAAAUAUACUGUCAUGCAUUAAUACUGCUUUUGUCCGAAGAAUUAUAUCCAGCUGUGGUAGCUGGAAUUGAAUUUUAUAUCUAUACCAGUGAUAAAGGUAUUAUAAGCGAAAUAAACGGAUUUAAUGAAAAAUUGCCCCUCUUGUUGAGAACUAUUGCAAAAUGCAUGGUUGACUAUCCAGCCCUUGUUAUGGAGUCUUUAUUUGAAACUUGCAAAGUGCAACUAUUAGAUAGGGGAUAUUAUAGCAACGCAUUUAUGGAUUCAUAUAAUCUUAUCGAUAGCGUGAAAUUAUCGAUCUUGAAACUUGUUCAUUAUACAGACGUCGACAUGCAUACUGCUCUAUUUAGUGUAAAUUUUGAUGAAUUCCGACGCUUUGUGAAAUCCUUUACUGCUCAUUUGUACGUCCAAUGUCUUGUGCAAGGUAACAUAACACCGGACGAUGCAAUCGAGACUGUACGGGAAUGCCUCGAAAUAAUGAAUUGCGAUUCAUUGCUUAGUAAUACAUUACAGCACAUGAUAGUCAUGCAAAUACCUUUGGGCAUAAGCUGUUGCAAGAUAAAAAGUUUUAACAAAACUAAUCGAACUUCUGUAGUGACCAAUUAUUAUCAAAUUAGUAUCACGUCUUUUAAAUUAUCGGUAUUACUCGAUCUGAUGAUGGAAAUAAUGGAUGAAAUGAUACACACUUGGGUAGUAGAUGAAAAACUGCAGUUUGAAAUUGUCUCGUGCAGUUCCGACUACAUUAACGGAGUUUUAGGAUAUUCUAUUACCGUGGACAGUGAUGCAAAUAAAUGCACAACCGAGCAUAUGGAUCAGCAGAUCGAGACAUUUUUGCGAUUGUUUAAUGAGAUUUUGAAAAAUUUCCGGGAAAUGGAUUUGGACGUUUUUAAGAAGAAAUUAAUUGCAAAAAAAUCAAAACAAUAUUUGGAUAAUAUUCUUAGUGAAGAAGUUGAUAGAAACUGGGUUGAGAUAAUAACGAGGAAAUUCGUUUUUGACAGAUACGAGAGGGAAAUGCUUGUAAUGAAGGACAUAGAGAUCAAUGAUCUGAAAGAAUGUUUUGCAGAGCACACAGAGAACGGAAGUAAUUUUAGAAAAUUAAGCAUACAUGUAGUAGGAAAUGAUCCACAGAAAAUUUCAGUCGAAAAAGAAAAUAUUGAGAAUCCCAAGACAGAGCACUUUGCUUUGGAAUAUAUAAACAAUGAUCAACAGGAAAUUGGUGAUCAUCGCAUUGUUAACGUAGAAGACUAUAAGAAAUAUCUUUAUACCUAUCCUGUCAAAGCAAAGAAUAACUAG